AUGGCAGAUUGCAGGCCUUUAGGGUUCUUGAUAGGUUUGCCAUUUGCUUUCGUUUCUUUGCUUUUAUCCCUAGUUGGAGCCAUUGUGUGGAUUAUUGGGAGUGUAUUGAGUUGCAUCUGCCCUUGUUGCAUAUUUUGUGCCGGACUUGCAGACUUGGCGAUGAGUCUUGUGAAGCUUCCUGUAACUAUCAUCCAGGGAUUCAUUGCUUUUAUUCCUUGUUGAUCCAUGUGUGUGCGCGCGCCC